UUAUCUCUCAGCUUGUGCCUACCCUUGAAAACGGUCAUUUUCUUUCUGUGUGUGUUUGCUUUCUGGAAUGGCUAUGCAAUGAUGCUAACUAAAACCCUCUCAUUCAGAUUCUCUUCUCACUCAUGAAAUUGAUGGUUCUUGGUGAAUGAAGCCAGAAUCCAACCCUUACUGGUUCCAAUGAAUUCUACAUUGAAUUCCCCCGUCACAUCCCCUAACCCGUUCACACCUUUCCUCAAGACCACCUCCUUCAAUUUCUGUUCAUCUUCACAGAUACAGCAUCAGUAUCACCACCGCCGGCGGCGGUUUCAUACACGUUUCACGGUUAACUCCUCACAUAUCAAUAAAGCUCAUGUUUUCCAGAAGCUACCCACCACUGCCGGCCUUGAUUACAUAGAGCAACGUCAGGAUAAGGUAUUGCUAUCUCAUAUAAUUACGCAAAUUUCGAAACCGAUUGCGUUUACAGUUUUUUGGAUUGUAAUUGGGUUAUGUCCAAGUGGAGGGUUUUACCAAAAACCUGCAAUUGCUGCCCCGGUGACAAGUGAGUCUUUGAAGACGAAUAGGAGGAAGAGUAAACAAAGAGUGAGCAAUUGGAAAGAUCAUGAAUUUUCUGAAUAUACAAGGAGGUUACUAGAAACUGUUUCUGGGUUAGUCAGAGUUAUUGAGGAGGUUAGGUCAGCCAAUGGGGACUUAGAGAAUGUGGAGGUGGCAUUAAAGGAUGUCAAAUUGAAGAAGAAGGAAUUGCAAGAUGAAAUUAUGAGCGGGCUUUAUGCAGAGUUACGGGAAUUGAGGGGAAACAAACUAGAGCUGGAUAGGAAGUCAGGGGAGAUUCUUGAUUCCAUGAUGAAGUCUAAGAGAGAAAGAGAUAUGAUUCUGGAAAAAGGUGGGAAAAUGGAGGCCAGGGAACAGACACAAGUGGCGGAGUUGGAUGAGAUGAUUAGCAACAAAGAGAAGGAAUUUUAUGGGAUUUCGGAGGAAAUCGGUGAAAUUGAGGAUAAAAUGUUGAGGAGAGAGACCAUGGCUUUGAGCAUUGGUGUUAGGGAACUUUGUUUUAUAGAGAGGGAAAGCAUGGUCCUGGUUGAGAAUUUUAUUCGGAAAAUGAAGCAGAAAGACACUGACAGGGUGCCUAAAAACUCUCUUGCCAAGCUUUCUAGAUCGGAAAUUCUGAAAGAGCUGCAAACUGUUCAAAAUCAAUUUUUGGAGCAAAUGAUCCUCCCAAAUGUUGUGGGAAGUGAGGAUAUUGGAUUUCCUUUUGAUCAGAAUUCCAUUGAAUUCAGUCGACGUGUCAAGCAAGCACUUGCAGAUUCAAGAGAAAUGCAGAAGAAUUUGGAGGCUAAUAUUAGAAAAAGAAUGAAAAAACUGGGCGACGAGAAACGUGUUAUUUUGAACAGCCCAGUUGAUGAGAUUGUGAAGGGUUUUCCAGAAGUUGAAAUGAAGUGGAUGUUUGGAGCUAAGGAGGUUGUGGCUCCAAAGGCUGCUCGUGCCCAUUUGUUUCAUGGAUGGAAAAAGUGGCGGGAUGAAGCUAAGAGAGAUCUUAAAACGAAACUGUUAAAAGAUGUGGAACUUGGUAAAAAGUAUGUUGCUGAGAGACAGGAAAGAAUCCUUUUGGAACGUGAUAGAGUCUUGUCAAAGACUUGGUAUAAUGAAGAAAGAAAUAGGUGGGAGAUGGAACCUAUAGCUGUUCCUUAUGCCGUGUCCAGGAAACUAGUAGAGAAUGCGACGAUCAGACAUGACUGGGCUGCAAUGUAUGUCACACUGAAGGGAGAUGACAAGGAGUAUUUUGUUGACGUUAAGGAAUUUGAUACGCUGUUUGAAGAUUUUGGAGGAGUUGACGGGUUGUAUCUGAAGAUGCUUGCGUCAAAUGUUCCAGUUUCUGUUAGGUUGAUGUGGAUCCCUUUCUCAGAGUUAGACAUUGACCAACAGUUCCUCUUUCCAAUUCGGGUCUUUCAUCAGUUGUUAGUUGGGUUAUCGAAUACUAGAUAUGUAACGACUACUGUUGGCCAGAUCUGUGAUUCAUUCGUGAAUAUAAACAAAGACAUUUUGGUGCUAAUCAUUUGUCGUCUUCUGGAGUUUGUCAUUCCUUCACGGGCAAAGAAGCAAUUGGCUAAGACUGCAGCCAUGGAUCAGUAUCUGAAUUGGAAGUCAGAGGCAGAUAAUAGUAUUAAAGUUAAAAUUGAAGAAUCGGAGUUCAAUUGGUAUUUUGUGUUUGUAGUUAGGGCCAUUAUAUAUGGAUAUGUUGUAUACAAUAUAUUCCAUUUUAUGAAGAGAAAGAUAAAGAAGCUUCCUACAGUUAUUAGGCCUAAACGCAGAGAUCCAAACAUGAGGAAGCUACAAAAGCUGAAAUCUCUUUUCUGGACUCGGUUGCAGCGGGCAAUAGCUAGGAAGAGGGAAGGUGUUGAUCCUAUCACCUAUGCUUUUGAUAAGAUGAAGAGGGUGAAAAAUCCGCCUAUACGUUUGAAAGACUUUGCAAGCGUUGAGUUCAUGAAGGAAGAAAUUAAUGAAGUUGUGGCAUUUCUACAAAACCCUCGUGCCUUCCAAGAAAUGGGUGCUCGUGCCCCUCGGGGAGUUCUGAUUGUAGGUGAGAGGGGAACGGGUAAGACUGCACUGGCUAUGGCUAUAGCUGCAGAGGCUAAGGUUCCACUUGUUGAGGUGAAGGCCCAACAAUUGGAGGCUGGUUUAUGGGUUGGCCAGAGUGCAUCCAAUGUUAGAGAACUGUUCCAGACGGCCCGAGAACUGGCGCCUGUGAUCAUAUUUGUGGAGGACUUCGACCUCUUUGCUGGUGUUCGAGGGAAGUUUAUACAUACUAAAAAACAGGAUCACGAGGCUUUUAUCAAUCAACUACUUGUGGAACUUGAUGGGUUUGAGAAACAGGAUGGGGUUGUUUUGAUGGCUACAACUCGAAAUCUCAAACAAAUUGACGAGGCUUUACAGCGUCCUGGUCGGAUGGACAGAAUAUUCCAUCUUCAGCGACCAACACAAAUCGAAAGGGAGAGAAUACUUCAGAUUGCUGCAAAAGAAACUAUGGAUCCUGAGCUUAUUGAUUUUGUUGAUUGGCAGAAGGUGGCUGAAAAAACGUCUCUUCUACGUCCUGUAGAACUCAAACUUGUUCCUGUGGCCUUGGAAGGUAGUGCCUUUAGGACUAAAUAUCUUGACACAGAUGAACUCUUGAGCUAUACUAGCUGGUUUGCGACUUUCAGCAAUAGCAUACCCACAUGGUUGAGGAAGACAAAACUUGCAAAGACGAUGGGCAAAAUGCUGGUUAAUCAUCUCGGCUUGACAUUGACCAGAGAGGAUUUGCAAAAUGUGGUUGACUUAAUGGAGCCCUAUGGUCAGAUAACAAAUGGGAUUGAAUAUCUAAACCCUCCUCUUGAUUGGACGAGGGAGACGAAGCUUCCGCAUGCCAUUUGGGUUGCUGGUCGUGGACUUAUUGCUGCUCUUCUACCAAACUAUGAUGUGGUUGAUAACUUAUGGCUAGAGCCUUUGUCUUGGGAGGGAAUUGGGUGUACAAAGAUCACAAAGGCUAAAACGGAAGGUUCGAUGAUCGGAAAUGUUGAAUCUAGAUCGUACCUUGAAAAGAAGCUUGUAUUCUGCUUCGGCUCCUAUGUUGCAUCCCAGAUUUUGCUUCCGUUUGGAGAAGAAAAUAUUCUUUCUAUGUCUGAAUUGAAGCAGGCACAGGAGAUAUCUACAAGAAUGGUGAUUCAAUAUGGGUGGGGACCUGAUAACAGUCCAACAGUUUAUCAUCAUGGCAAUGCGGUGACUGCUUUAAGCAUGGGAAACAAUCAUGAGUAUGAGAUGGCAGCUAAAGUUGAAAAGAUUUAUGAUUUAGCUUAUGAAAAAGCAAAAUUGAUUCUUUGGAGUAACCGUAAUGUUCUUGAGAAGAUCGUUGAGGAAUUGCUCGAGUAUGAGAUCUUGACAGGGAAGGAUCUUGAACGAAUCAUAUCGGCAAAUGGUGGAAUCCGAGAGAAGGAGCCAUUUUACCUUGCAAAAUUCCAUAACGAAGAGCCUGUGUUUGGGAACUUGCUUGAAGAUGGGAAUGGAUCACAAACUGCCCUUUUAUCUGCAGCAAACUAGGAAAGCCUUCCAUGACGACACAGAGGGAAGUAUGCUUGCAUAGUAUCAUUUAUUUUUUCUGAUUAAUUUGAUGUUUAAAAUGUUGUAUGUAUAUUAACUAUUAAGGGUGAGAAGAGGAGAGAUCUGUGAUAAGUUGUAUGUGUUAGAGGUGUAGGGAGUUUGAAGGUGAGAAGAGGUAUAACCAUUUUUCCUUCUCAUUUGAUACAGAUAUCAUGUUGUAGAGGAGACUUUGUUUUUCUCUCUUUCUAUUAAAUACAAUGGGGAUUAAUACAAUGCAUCAGCAAGUUUCAUUAA